AUGAAGUUUGGCAAAGCGAUCGUCGAACAGGCUUUGCCAGGAUGGUCAGCCUUCUACUGCGAUUACAAAAGCCUCAAAAGUGAGCAUCGCAUUCGAGCCAUGCCCUCGGUCGAGAAACCCACGCCCUGGCGCUUUGCCAUCAUCCGGCAGAUAAAGCUUGCGUCUGCGGCUUGCUUUUGUUCCACCCGCACUGACGUAUCCUUACCUGUACCUUCAGAAAUUAUCAACUCGCUGGCCAAAGGCCGUCCCGCUGAUGCAGCGUUGCUCGCUGCAGGGGUUCGACCCCCACGACCUGCUGGACCGGAGGAACCUCUGCAUCCAUCCGCCGAACCUCAGUUGCUCGCUCAUUCUGCGAGUGUAACAAGCGGCAACGGUGGACAAGGGAGCCUGCUGCAAGCGCACAAGGCCGCAUUCUUCUACAAGCUAGAACGGGAACUGGAGAAGGUCAGCCAGUCUCUGGGGGGGUUACGCCUCGCGGAGAUAUCUGGAAGCCCUUGAUUAUUUGACUCAUCCAUUCGGGCGCCGACGUGUGUGGCAGAUCAACAAUUUCUACUAUCAGAGGGAGGCGGCGCUCAAGGUCCGAUUGAGGACGCUGAUUGACAAACGCAAGCUGUUGACCGCUUCGUUAUCCGACUCGAGCGGUAAAAGCAAGGUUCUCAGCCGCGAGAGCAGCAUCUAUGGUGCACUCCACGAAGGAUUUCGAAAUUUUGAGCGCGACUUGGGACGUCUACAGGUCAGUAGCAUCGAACUAGCUCGUGCGCUCUGUCAUGUAUCCCCGGCGAGCCUAAAGUCUUCCCUGCUCACGCUCGCACGCACUAUAUACGGUAAACGUCAUCUACCGGGAGCAGGCCUACAUUGAGCUCAACGCCACAGCGUUCAGGAAGAUUUGCAAGAAAUGGGACAAAGCGUGCCGGCGGCAGGCCGAUCGAUUUGGUGACGCUCGACGUAAGUUUGCUGCUUGGCGCUGCGGUCGUCUGCAUGCUCCUCCGCUGACGUGUUCCCUGACUCCUGUCGACGAACACCAGCACAACAAGGCGAGCACGAUGGUCAGCUGUAUCUGGCUCGGCAGGUGGAAGUCCAACCUGUUUUCAACCGUGAAUUCAUAGCGGAACUCUCGGACGGUGAGUUGCAAUGGCGCAUAAUGCGUUGGCUUCCGUCGCUUACACAGCGUGGACACACUACAGUGGCCUCUGCGAAUCUGUUGUCGCUCGAAAUCCUCGCCGGAAGUGAAGGAAAACAUCGUGGGAACGCCCUAGCCGAUGACGCAGACAUUGAGCAACUCGGCGCAGGCGCUCACACGCAAAGAAUUUGGGCCAUGGACGCGGAGGCUGACAGCACCGAGGCGCUCGAGGACUUGGAGCAAGCCCUUGUAACCGCGGUCAAAACGGGGGACGCUGCGGCUGCGCAAGGGAUUCUGGAGUUACUUGCGCCACUUCCGCAGAAGGAUGGGAUCAAAGCUCCCGUUUCGAGGAUCUUGUGGCGCGCAACCUUGGAAGGAGAGGCGGGAACUACCGAGUCGAUCGCGUCUGAGAGCGUCGCGGGGAGUCCUCAUAGCCUGAUACCAUUCUCUUUGCUUGACUUUGCCUUCGUGGACGAUAUAAGUGGUCGAACCACCCUGCAUGAGGUCAGUCACGGCGAUGAUCCAUUUUGAUCGGCUUCCUAUUCCGGUCUUGACGGUCCAUCAUUUCGUUCUGACCCUAGACCGCAAGUGCUGGCAAGCUGGAGCUGGUGAAGGCGUGUCUUCAAAACGGUGUGUCAAUCUCCCAAGCCGACGUGUACGGCCGGCAAGCCCUGCACUAUGCCGCUAUCAACGGUCAUUCAGCUGUCGGCCAUUUGCUCUUAUCGUCUGGAGCGGAUGCCACGGUGCUCGAUUUCGAUGGCUACAGCCCCAUUAUCUAUGCCAUCACAAACGGCCAGACGCAAGUUGUGCAAACUUUCAUCGACCAAGGUAUUAGCUUCGACACCGCUUCAUCGACUACCAACGAGGACCUCAAUGCUCUCUCGCUUGCCAGUCAACACGGGCACGAAGACAUUGCAAGAAUUUUGUUGUCGAAGGGUGCUCAAAUCUUGCCAAGCCCCGCAGGGUAUUGGCCCCAGCAUCUCGCAGCCCGUCAAGGCCAUGCUGGCGUUCUCCGCCUACUCGUUGAAGCGACGCGGGGCUUCGCGGGCAUCGAUUUGCCUGACAAGUACUCGCAAGCGACGCCCUUACAUCACGCCGCAAGCCAUGGUCACGCCGCUUCGGUGCAAGUCCUCCUCCAUGCUGGAUCGAAUGUUCAUGCCAAAGACGAGUUUCAGCGCACGCCGAUCCACUACGCCGCAUGGCAUGGCUACAUCGAUUGCGUGAACCUACUCUUGGCCGCCGGAGCCAAUAUGGUAGCCUCGUUACCCAUCGAGCAUCCUCUGCUUGCAAACACGAAUAAUACCACUGGAUCCAUGUCUUCUGCUGAUCUCGAACCUCUCGACCUCGAAUCCGACCUUAUCCCCUCUUUAUCGCUGCCACCUCCGAUCAUUCCUUUCCGGAUUUAUGGACACAGCUUUCUUGACAAGAAAUGCCUCGUUCAGAUCUGUCUCGGGCAUCCCAAUACCUCUCGUGCGCCUUUUCCGCCUCCGAUUCGACUGGCAGACAAAGGCGGGCGGGGUCAGCAGCCGUCUCUCAAGCUCGUGAUGACGCCCAAACCCGAAUCCAUCGCCGUGCCGCACAGCGUUAUUUUGCCACUCGCAGACGAGCGCGAAGUCUUCCCCUUCCAGGUCGAAUCCUUCGACAACUUCUCGCUCGAGUUCGAUCUGUUCCCGACUUUUGGCUCGAAGGUCAUCGGGAAAGCCGUCGCCGCACCCUCCACUUUCGACAGUCUGCAAAGCCAAGGUUCUUACGUAAUCCCACUGCUCGACCCUCAUCUCAAAGUUAUAGGAGACAUACCAUUCGAGAUCAACGUAGUCAAGCCCUUCGAGCGGGCAACACUGCAAUUGGGUGGCCAGGUAAGCCGACUCGCAGGUUUUGUCCCGUGCAGCUGCUAAUACAGGACCCUAUGGCACACAGUUUGAAACAUACUGGCGGUCCAUGACAGCCCUCAACCCCUCGGGCGAGCCUGCGCCAACGGUCACAGGCGGAGCUUCGGUGGUGACGGCGUCAUCACUAUCGGGUGAACAUGUUCGCGUCAUUGUGCAGGUCACCUCGGAUGGUGUACCCGUGGCUUAUCCGCAGUGGAAAUUGCCCUUGGAAGGCUUUGACGUACACGUAGGAGAUGUGACGUUUGCCCAGUUCGAAUCCCUGGCGCAACGCACAGCACGGAGGCUCGACCCUGCGCGAAUUGCCGACCCUGCCGACCCAGCUUCUUGGUAUCAGACCGUAUCCGGCUCUUUGGUCUCGCUCGACGAGAUAUUCCAGGCACUUCCGGCGUCUUUCGGAGUAGAUCUCGAGGUGCGAUACCCAACCCGCUCAGAUAUGCGACGCCUCAACAUACAUCAUUCGCUUGAGGUCAACCAAUUCGUCGACUGCGUGCUCUCGACGGUGUAUGAGGCCAUCCAGAAUGGCGAUGAAAAACACCAUCGUCGGAUCGUCUUCUCGUCGUUCAACCCGCUUGUGUGCACAGCACUGAAUUGGAAGCAACCAAAUUUCUCGGUCUUCUUCGCCUCGUACUGUGGGAUUUCGAGAUCGAAUUCGUCCGGCCAGCUCGUCCCAGCGAAUCGCGUUGAAGACGAUCGACGGUGCACCAGCAUACGCGAAGCUGUCAAAUUCGCCAAAACCAAUAAUCUGCUCGGCGUGAUGCUUGAUGCGACCAUCCUGGUGAGCUCCAUUGUCCUCUUGUCGCCUGUCAGUGCUCAUCGCUAAACGACUUUUGAUCUGGUGACCACUCUAGCUGAAGGUUCCCAGCGUCAUACAAAGCGUGAAGGAGCAAGGUCUACUCGUCACGACUUUCGGCCCGGAUGUCCCGGCUGGCUGGGCUGAUGCCCAUAUGGCCUCUGGUGUUGUGAGUUGGAUCGAUAUCGUUCUGCACCCAGCAGAGGACCUCGACUGAAUUGCAAUGUUGUCCGUCAGCUCUCGUACGCCAGCAGUGCAUUUUUGCAACGGACCGAAGCAUCCUAG